AUGCACGUCGAGAUCCAAGUGGCCCUCAAUUUCCUCAUCUCCUUCCUGUACAACAAAUUGCCGCGAAGACGGGUCAACCAGUUUGGCGAAGAGCUCGAGAACGCCCUGAAGAUCAAGUUCGAGGGCCACUGGUAUCCGGAGAAGCCGUAUAAGGGGUCGGCCUAUCGAUGCGUGCGCUGCAGUCCGCCGCUCGACCCGACCGUCUUCGAGACGGCCGCCCGCGCGUCGGGUAUGGAUCUGAGCGACAUUCAGGAGAACCUGCCCCAGGAGUUGAGCAUUUGGGUGGACCCGGGAGAGGUGUCGUACCGCAUGUCAGAGAAGGGACCCGUGAAGAUACUGUACUCGGAGAAGGCCGACAACAACGUGGAGCGCGAGAAUGUGGACAACCGUCAGGUGACCCGUACGUUCAACCCGGAGGCCCAGUGCUUCAAACCGAUAGAGUGUCUCACCUCACAGUUCGGUGGUCUGAAUGUGACGAACGGCCAGCCCGUGAACCAGGCGUUCGCCGCGCCGGAGGAGACAUCGCCGCCCGUCUACAAGAGCAGCCAGAGUCCCAUCUCGUCGUUUCUGGUGAGUAAGGCGGCGCCGACCACCUUCACGACCGCCACAUUCGCGGCCACAAAGUUCGGGUCAACGAAACUCAAGUCAAACACCAAACGAUCUCAUCGGAUGUCGCCGACGGAGUUCUCCAAUUACAUCAAACAGAGAGCCCUUCAGCAGCAGUCGACGCAACAGCAGUCGCCGAUCGGCGGUCCCAUGUCGGCCAACAACGGCAACCUCUUCUCAACCACCGGCGCCUCCAGCGUCUCGUCGUCUGUCUCACCGCACAACUCGCGCUCUCUGUCGCCGAACACCACUCAACUGGAUUCGGGCGCCGGCUUUAUGCUGAUGUCCGGCACGUCUCCCACAUCGCCCAACCCUAGCACACCAUUCGGCGCUCAGCAGAACCUCUACGCCCCCAACGCCUCCACCCCAUCGAAGAGGACGCAGUUCAUGAACGGCCUCUUCGACAACAACUAUCUGUCGGAUUUGGUGGGAACGGGAGAGUUCGGGAAAGCCAGCCAACACCCGGCCAAACAGCCGCAACUCAACGGUAUGGGUCGGUUCACGUCGUUCCUCGACAACAAGAGCAGCCCAUUCAUGUCGUCGCCCAACAGCCCGCCGAUGAACGGCUUGGGCGGUGGCGGAGGCGCUCCCAACGGGUUCGGCAGCGGCGGCACCGGGGGGUCGGGCUUCGACUCGCUGGCCGGCGAGGCGAGCGUACAGCUAAACGGUACGUCCGGUUCCCAAAAUAAUUCUUCCAAAUCUUUCGAUAACAUAAACUUCAAUGUGAACGGCGUGUCCUAUCCUAACCAAUACCAACACCUACUCGUCGCUAAUUGA